CACCCCCAGCCUAGAGCGAGUCAAUUUAUGGAAAGACAAGUCGACCCCUUUAAUGGUUCCCAUCAAAACCACUAAAAACAUCAUCAGAGCGGCCGACUUCCGCGAGGAUUCCUGUGGCGGACGCUUGCAACCUUCUCCCAGCUGACAGACUCCGACCAAAACAAAUCCGCGGAGAGACAUUUGUGGGAGUUUGACCAAGCUCUUCACUUCCCAAUAGAGAAGAGAAGUUCGCUUUUGCUCAAGUUUUUCAACAUUCAAGAGUCUGCUUCUUCCUCAUCCAGGAUACUUUCGCAGAAGGCGGCAGAAGUGGCCUGGCUCCUGAAUAUCACCAGUCCGCUCUGCGCCUUUAUUUACUCUUAUUAGGUUCUUUUUAUUUCCCGUUUUUAUACAAGCGACUUUGGUGGUUCAUGUUCACAAAUGUUAGCGGUCGGGCAAAUGGAGGCUAACCGGCAGAGUGCUUUCGUCCUGGGCAGCACCCCGCUGGCGGCGUUGCACAACAUGACCGAGAUGAAGACUUCCUUGUUCCCGUAUACGCUGCAGCAGAGCCCUGCGGGCUUUAAGGCGCCUCACCUCUCCAGCCUUAACUCCCAGAUGGCCGGGGGGACCCCGCACGGAAUAAGCGACAUCCUUGGGAGACCCAUCACCUCGGCCGGACAGCUGCUCUCCGGGUUCCCCAGGAUAAACGGCCUGGCCACCACCGCAGCCGCCGCGGCGGCAGCAGCAGCGGGGAUGUACUUCACCCCGGCGAUGUCGCGGUAUCCGAAGCCGCUGGCCGAGCUGCCGGGGAGGGCGCCUAUCUUCUGGCCCGGGGUGAUGCAGGGUUCUCCCUGGAGGGACCCGCGAGUUCCUUGUCCUUCUCAAGCUAAUAUGAUGUUGGAUAAGGAUGGAAAGAAGAAACACUCCAGACCGACCUUUUCAGGACAGCAGAUUUUUGCACUGGAAAAAACCUUCGAGCAGACGAAAUACCUGGCCGGCCCAGAGAGAGCCCGCCUGGCUUACUCUUUAGGAAUGACCGAGAGUCAAGUCAAGGUUUGGUUUCAGAACAGGAGAACCAAAUGGCGGAAGAGACACGCAGCAGAAAUGGCCACGGCCAAGAAGAAGCACGACUCCGAGACGGAGAAGAUGAAGGAGAGCUCGGAUAACGAGGACGACGACGAGUACAACAAACCCCUGGACCCAAACUCAGACGACGAAAAAAUCACGAGACUGUUGAAAAAGCACAAGGCCAGCAACCUGGCGCUGAUCAGCCCCUGCAGUAACAGCUCGGACACCUUGUGAUGCACUCAUUUUUAUUUUUUUUUUAUUUUUAUUUUUUUUUAUCCCCUUUCCACCUGACACUGCGAACAUGCGCCUGGGGGGUGGGGGGCGGGGGGUGGUCGCAUUGUGCUCUGACAGAGCAAGAAAAAUGCGUAAAAACCGAAUAAGACGCACGGAAGACGCGCUCACCAAACUAUGGCCAGAGACGCAUUUGGCUGCAUCCAAAACCCCCACUCACAGACACUGUAAACACGGAGAUAUAACUCCUGUCAGCAAUGGACUUCAUGAAGACUGAUAAUGACAAGUUCAUGUCAGGUGAAAGGACAGAAAUAUUGGGACAGGAAAUUGUUUCGGCGACGCAAAUCCGUUUUUACGCAUCCAACUGGAGUUUUAAACAACAGGUGUAAAUGUAAACAAAUUAUUAUACACACACACACACACACACAGACACAAUCCGGAUCAGUGUUGGGCUUAUUACUGUGACUUAUUCCACAAGUAAUGCUGCUUUGCUCUACCCGUGCAGUGUAAUUCAUGACACUUGUUAACAUUAUUUCCCGCUACACUGCCCGCUACAAUGAUUAGCAGCCUCAGUCACCUUUACAAGCCAGGAUGGCCAUUCAUUUGACUCUGAAUGAGACCGUUGGAUGUUCUUUUUAAUUGGUUUUCAGUACUCAUAAUAUUUUCAUCUGCAGACAAAAAAAAAAGACAUUAUUGCCAGUCCUUUUUUUCAUUCUGAAGUGAAGAAAGUGCACCAUGUUAUAAAAUUCAGCCUUUAUCCAAUUUUGGGUUUAAAGAAAAGCAACAGUUUGUUUGGUGCAGCUUUGAGAGGUGACUGUAAGCUGUUAGUAGAAGUGAUUUAUUAGCAGCACAACUCUGAUCCGGAUCCCAGACGCAUGUUUAAAAUGACAGGUGUAAACGGGGCCUGUGACGCUUCUAAAGCUCAGUUUAACCAGGGUAUCCACUGUCCUAAAAGGCGAGAGAAUGACAUUUGGUGGGGGGUGGGGGUCGCAGGUUGGAGAUGAAUGAAUGAUUUGUGCUGUAGCCUAAAGAUGAAAAUGUACGUGAGAUUGUAUAUAUUUUUUACUGAAUAAGUUAUGUUGUUUCAACCAGUGGAAACGUGGCAGCCUUUCUCCCUCCGCAGCCCGGACGCGCUUAUUGCCUCUCAGAUAUAUCACGCUAUCUGCUGCUUUGUUUUUUUUAUUCCUGCAGAGUAAUGUCGGCCCCUUUUCUCCGCCUUUUACAAAUUGCCAAUUCAGUACCGGCACACACAUGUAUAGACGCAAAAAAAAAAAAAAAAAAAA